AGUUCCAGCCUUCACUGAGAGAGGCUGCGUGUGUUCCACAAGUGCCGUGUGCGUAUGUCUCCUAAGGAGGAGAGGCCCUAGUUCCUUAAACGUCAGUGCUGCAAUUUUACAAUAGCCUGGCAGGAGGGCUCAUCCUAAGAAACCUCACAGACAAGAUCUUCUGAGAUUUUACCAUGUUUUCCUCCCAACAUGCUAAAAUGAUCAACAGCACACGAGGAGUCCUUCAACCUGGAAUUAAUGAAUCAUUAUUCAAUGAGACUGAGAACAUCCAGUGUUCUUUUGCUGAAUUUUGGGAUUGGUUCAACAUAAUCCAGACCCCAUUCCUCUGGAUCAUCUUUGUGUUGGUCAUAGUCGAAAACAUGUUCGUUCUGAGUGUGUUCUGUUUACACAAAAGUAGUUGCACAGUGCCUGAAAUUUACCUGGGGAACUUAGCUGCUGCUGACCUCAUUUUAGGUUUUUGCCUCCCUUUCUGGGCUAUUGCCAUCUCCAACAACUAUCACUGGCCCUUUGGGGAGGUGCUCUGUAAAGCUGUGAACUCCUUUAUGUACAUGAACUUGUACUGCAGCAUUUUUUUCUUGAUGGUGGUCAGUGUUGAUCGAUACUUGGCUCUGGUGAAAACCAUGUCUGUGGGCCGAAUGCGAGGAACCUGUCAUGCCAAAUGCUACAGUUUCAUCAUAUGGUUUUUCACAAUGAUAGUGAGUUCCCCUGUGGUGGCUUUCCGUACACUAAAGGACUACAAUGAGGAGGGCCACAAUGUCACUGUUUGUCGCUUUGUCUACCCAUCGCCCAACUGGGCCAUCUUCACCAAUAUUCUCCUGAACAUUGUAGGCUUUGUGCUGCCUCUGUGCAUCAUCUCCUUCUGCUCUGUGAAAAUCAUCCGUGUUCUGCAGAACAAUGAAAUGCAGAAGUUCAAGGAGAUCCAGACAGAGAAGAAGGCUGCCAUCCUCGUCCAAGUAGUCCUUCUGCUCUUCAUCAUUUGCUGGCUCCCUUUCCAGGUCAGCACACUGAUGGAUACCCUCUUUCAGCUAAACGUCAUCUCAGGCUGUCAGGCUGAAAUUAUUAUUGAUGUGCUUACACAGGUAGGGACAUAUACUGGUUAUAGCAACAGCUUCCUGAACCCUCUGGUGUAUGUUUUUGUGGGGAAAAAGUUCCGGAAGAAAUCCAAGGAGGUUUACAGAGGAUGGUUCAAGAUUGGGUGGUGUCAAGCAGACUCAAUCCAAACAGAAAAUUCGAUGAGCACUUUGAAGACCUCCAUAUCAAUGGACCGGCAGAUAAACAAACUGCAUAGAUAUCGAGAGGGUAGUCAGUAAUUUGUUCUAUUUUAUUUUUAAAAGACUGUAAAACUAUGGCCUUACAUAUGUUCAGAGUCUUUCUUGAUAUGUACCAGCUACGGCUGGGGGUCAGACCAUACCAGGGGCCAGUCAAAAAGCUUUCACUUUUCUGGAGAUGCAGAGCAGUGAAGAGAGGGGAGUAGUAACUGGUCACCCAAUUUUACAUCCACCUAACCCCUCUUCUACACUGCCUCUGUAUGACAUCAUGGUUCCUCAAAAGAAAUGCUGGGCCUGGGAGCUCUCCUGCCCUUCCAGUGACAGAGCAGUCACUGCCCAGGUUGGAGUUGGCCAAAUUGUUUUCCCUGAGUUUUCUAAGGAUGGUUUCUAAGGAUGGAAUCCCUGAUUAAUGAAGAUCACCUCCAAGUUUAGUAAGGAAGUUGUUUAGGGAUAGAAGACAAGUAGCAUUAUUUAACUCCCUCUACCUUCUGUAUAUUCAGGUGAAUAACUGAAAGAAGUAAGACAUGACUCAGCGCAAGAAAGAGAAUCCAAACUAAUUCAACAAGUAUUCCAUGAUUGUCUACUAUGAGACCUGCACUGCCUCUUGCCCUUGAGCAACAGUUGAGGAGAUGAUAGAAAUGCAUGUGACCUUCUAGGGUAAUGUGAAAGUAGAAAGAGGCAUGAUUGAGUAGGGGCUAAAAAAGUUAGGCAAACCUGGGCUCAAGUCCAACCUCUCACACACUAGCUGUACAACCUUGGAUGAGUCACCUAACUUCUCAGGGUCCAAGCAAUUCUCCAAGAAAAAGAAGUUAUCAAGGCCUUGGUAGAACAUAUCAGCUGCUAAAUUACAUCAGGGAACUCUAAGAAAUGUUCCCAUACCAGGCAUUCCCCACACCAAAAAGAAGCUACCAAUCUCACCUCACUGUCACCUCAGCUCCAUUUACCACCACCCCCCCACACAAAGAAAAUCAAAAGGUAAAGUUAUGUGUGGUACUAGAAAGAAUAGAGUACCUGGACAUUAGUCUCUGAAUUACCACUAGCAGAUGGAAGUAGCAUAACUAGGCAAAUCACUCGCCCUUCCCGUGGUUCCACCUUGCUCAUUUGUGAAAUAGAUGGUGUCAGGAUUACAUGAGACUAAUGGGGAAAGUACACAGAAAAGUGAAAUGAGCUAAAACAAAGGCAGACAUUACUAGAUGGCAGUGCUGGAUGAAUUCAGCUGAGUAAUAAUUGUGGAUGUAAUAGCAAAGGAUCAUGGAGUUGGAGCUGGAAGGGGCCUUAGGAGUCCAAUAUGCAUGUUUUACAAUUUAGGAAAUUGAGGCAUGGAAAAGUUUAUGCCCAAAGUCAUAAAACUAGUAUGUGGCUUGAGGUAGAAUCUGAACCCAGGUUUUCCUGGCUCCAAGUCCAGAGCCCUAUUCACCACACCAAGGAAGUGAAAUAUUGAAAAUAUUACAGGUCUUCAAAUCUUUGUGAAAGGUACCUAAGAGUAGGGGCAUUGUAUGGUUAUCACAGAUUAAUACCCGCUACAGAAAUAACUCCGAAAACUUCAGUUUGUCUCAACAAAGAGCUCUGUGCUAAGCACUACAUGUGCUACAAAUAUGAAUUUCAAGACACCAUCCCUGUCUUCUUGGAGCUUACAACUACUAAGGGACAUAACUAAAUAACUAUAGUUCAAGUUAAAAUACGAUAAGGCAAAUGUAUAGGCAAAGCCACCAUUGCCUGAACUGAGCCUUGGAAGUUGACACAGUAGCCAAGCUUGUCCUUCAUUUAUCUGUAUCAGAUUCAUUAUAUCUUCAAUAGGUACAGUGCCUAAUAAAGACUCUUGUGGUGGUUUCUGGGUGAGCUGUUGGAAAAGAGAAAGAAGAAAAGUAGAAAUAGUCCUUGCCUUCAAGGAUCUUAAGAAACACAUAUGAGAAGUGAAAUCACAAUAAAAAGCAACAAUACAAAAGACCACAACAUAGGGCCACAGCAUGUUAGAGGUGGAAGGAAUCUUAGCAUCAUGGAAUUUUUAAUUACAGAAUGCUUAAGUAGGAAGGAGACUUAGAACGUGGAAUAUUAAAGCUGAAAGGAGUUCUAGAGACUAACUUGUCUAAGCCAAAACCUCAUUUUACAGAUAAGGAAACUGGUGUCCCAAACGGUAGAUUAACUUACUCAAGGUCGUACUGCUAAGGGACAUGAGAGCGUUAGAAACAAAAAAACAUUGGAGGAUUUCAGAGGGGGAAGAAGUCAAUU